UCCGUCUUUCUGUGUGCGCCUGCGUGUUUGUGGGAACGAGAGGCAAGGCGUGAGUCGGUUGGGCUCCCUUCCUCUCUCUUCCUUUGGUGUGUCUGCGCGUGGCCGAGUCUGCGGGAGAGAAAAAGAGCCGCUGAACGGAGAUGGCGCUGCACGUUCCAAAGGCCCCGGGCUUCGCUCAGAUGCUGAAGGAAGGAGCGAAGCAUUAUUCAGGAUUGGAAGAAGCUGUGUUUCGAAACAUUCAGGCAUGUAAAGAGCUUGCCCAAACAACCCGUACAGCUUAUGGUCCAAAUGGAAUGAACAAAAUGGUUAUCAAUCAUUUGGAAAAGCUUUUCGUUACAAAUGAUGCUGCUACUAUCAUAAGAGAGUUGGAGGUUCAACACCCUGCUGCAAAAAUGAUUGUAAUGGCUUCUCAUAUGCAAGAGCAAGAAGUUGGAGAUGGAACAAAUUUUGUUCUCGUGUUUGCUGGAGCCCUCCUGGAGCAUGCAGAGGAACUUCUGAGAAUGGGACUUUCUGUUUCAGAAGUGAUUGAAGGCUAUGAAAAAGCUAGUAAGAAGGCCCUAGAAAUACUUCCUGAUCUAGUGUGCUGUUCUGCAAAAAACCUUCGGGAUGUUGACGAAGUCGCAUCUUUACUCCAUACUUCAGUAAUGAGCAAACAAUGUGGAAAUGAAGACUUUCUGGCUAAGCUUAUUGCUCAGGCUUGCGUGUCUAUUUUUCCUGAAUCGGGCCACUUCAAUGUCGACAACGUCAGAGUGUGUAAGAUCCUAGGUUCUGGCAUUUGUGCAUCUACAGUAUUGCAUGGCAUGGUUUUUAAAAAGGAAACGGAAGGUGACAUUACUUCUGUCAAAGAUGCCAAAAUAGCUGUGUAUUCUUGUCCUUUUGAUGGCAUGAUAACAGAAACUAAGGGCACUGUACUGAUCAAGAAUGCUGAAGAACUGAUGAAUUUUAGUAAAGGAGAGGAAAACUUAAUGGAGUUGCAGGUCAAGGCCAUUGCUGAUGCUGGUGCAAACAUCAUAGUUUCGGGUGGAAAAGUGGCAGACAUGGCCCUUCAUUAUGCUAACAAAUACAAUCUUAUGGUAGUCAGGCUGAACUCUAAAUGGGAUCUCAGGAGGCUCUGUAAAACCCUUGGUUCUGUAGCUCUCCCCAGACUGACACCACCCAAUCUAGAAGAAAUGGGUCACUGUGAUAGUGUUUAUUUGUCGGAAGUUGGGGAAACACAAGUAGUUGUAUUUAAACAUGAAAAGGAAGAUGGUGCUAUUUCUACUAUAGUAGUUCGUGGUUCCACAGACAAUCUCAUGGAUGAUGUAGAAAGAGCAGUUGAUGAUGGUGUCAAUACAUUCAAAGUACUCACUCGGGAUAAGCGCCUUGUUCCAGGUGGUGGUGCAACAGAGACUGAGUUGGGCAAGCAGAUAACUUCAUAUGGAGAGACUUGUCCAGGUCUUGAUCAGUAUGCUAUCAAGAAAUUUGCAGAGGCAUUUGAAGCCAUACCCCGAGCUCUGGCAGAAAACUCUGGCAUUAAGGCUAAUGAACUUAUUUCCAAGCUGUAUGCAGUACAUCAAGAAGGCAACAGAAAUGCUGGAUUUGAUAUUGAGGCUGAAGCUGCGGCUGUGAAAGAUAUGUUGGAAGCUGGAGUACUAGACACAUACCUUGGGAAAUACUGGGGUAUCAAGCUGGCUACAAAUGCUGCUGUAACUGUGUUAAGAGUUGAUCAGAUUAUUAUGGCAAAAGCAGCAGGGGGUCCACAGGCCCCUAAAGCACCAGGACACUGGGACAAGGAUGACUGGAACGAUGGCCCUGAACCGUAGUAUGCAAUAAUCAUGGCAAAACCAGCUGGUGGUCCCAAACCUCCGUCAGGAAAAAAGGAAUUGGAUGAUGACCAAGAUGACUGAACAGUUUAAAUGUACUCUGAGGGGGUUGUGUAUCUUGUCUUGCUCACUUUAAAUUAUGUGACUAAUCUACUAGAUACCUGUCUUAUACCAUUUCAAUAAAAGCAGUUUCACUAAUAUCUUUCCA